AUGUUGAAAGGCAGAAGUAAGACGUUUGCUCCUAAGAAAAUAACGAGAACAGUCCCACGAGGUUCAGCCCUUUCGAAGGAACCGGUUGAUAAUAACACCAAAGAAUCCGUCGAACUAGUAGCUACAGACCCAAUUUCUAGCAUCUCUGAGAGCUUCCAAAUCCUUUCCAGUGAGACUGAUGGCCUCGUUUCCACACCCGCAAGCGGCUCUGGUGCCUCCGGGGCUAAAGUGUCUGCCUCGACAAAUAUUGUAUCAAAUUCAGAUGCCCGUGGACAGCUCAAGAGACCUUCAAGUGAGAUUAUCCAGGAACCAACUGCAAAACGAUUGCUUUUAAGCCUUGACCACCAAGUGCCUGUCAACUCACUCCAAACAAAUGCAACUUUUCACCUCAACACCGAGUCUAAUCAGGACAAUAUUCAUCAUAAUGAUGAACCUCAAUCUCUAGUAAAUAAUUCAUCUAUCCCUCGGCCUUCAGAAAUUUCAUCUUCAGCCAUAACCGCAAAUUCCCUACCAAAUUAUGACAGUAGUGUUCUUACUUCCUCGCCAAUCGGAGAAAGUGUAGCCAACUCAUGUGAAAAUAGUACAGCACUUGAACAGAGCAAUUUGUCCAAAGAACCAGAUCCCCCCGCAGAGCAGAUUAUAGACCCUCAAUUAAUCCAUCCGGAAUCUGAUGAACUAAGGACAACUUCGAAUGUUAUCGAAAACGAUUACAUAUCGUCUGAUAAUGUUCGACCGGCUAGUGGUCAGUUACAACGGAGCUCACCCUCUCCCGAUGGACUUUUUGUCGAUAACUCGGAACUUCACCAGACUAAUCUAGUAAACCCGACUGCGAAUAAUGCAAAUGAGCUAACUGGGCUGGCUGAAGUUUUGAGUCCAUGUAAACCCAGCAAAACAACAACGAGGAUAAAAAGAAAAUAUACUAAGAGAGCUCGCCCAAAGUCUGAUGUAAUAAUCGAUGAAUCAUCGCUCCAAAUCACCGGAAAAAAGAUAGCCAAAAAGAGAGGCAGAAAGAAACGAGAGGCAACUCCUGAUGGAUCAGAAUACAAAACUAUUGAUACGUCAGUUAUUACCAUGCAGGAAUUAUGCAAAGAUCUUCGCAUUGGUAAAAAGUCUAGAAACCACGACGAAAUAAUGGGAAGACUAGCACGGGUUAAGCAAAAUGCAAUUAAGGCCAAAUUUCAACAAGAUUUUCCUGAUCUUGUCGCAGCGAUUAACGAAAAAGAUAAGGGAACGCCUAAUCCUAAAAAAUCUGAGUCUAAAGACGAAAAUGAUGUAAACAGGAAGUCGCCAUCUCCGACACUCGCUUCGUCUGCAGGCCCAAGGAUGCGGAUUGUGGAUGGUCAGAUUGUCACGGAUGAACAAUCACUGCAAAUAGACCGUCACGAACGCGCAAGAAUAAAUAAUAAUUAUGAAGAAGAGCUCGUCGAAGAAAACGACUUUACCCGUAUCGUCAGUUCGAAUAAUUAUUUGAGAAGAGAGCGCUCACAGCAUUGGGAUAUCCCCGGCAAUGAGUUAUUCUGGAAAGGCCUAAGGAUGUUUGGCACAGAUUUCGAAAUGAUCGCUAACAUGUUCCCAAAUCGCUCUAGACGUCAGAUAAAGCUAAAAUUCAAUGCCGAGGAGCGAGCCAACCCCAGGAAAGUUAAUCGAGUUCUAAUGGGUAUCAAGACUGAAGCGAUUGAUCUUGAUGAAUUUCAACGCUUAGGUAACUUUGAGUUGGAGGAUGUUGCUGAUCUCAGGGCUGAGGAAGCGCGUAUCGAGAAAGAACAGUCUGAACAAUUCGAAGCAAUUGAGAAGGCAAAGCAAGCUGAAGAUUUACGCAGAAAAGCUGAAAUCCGCAGUGGUAGUGCUGCAAUGCGUCUGAUGGGUGAAUAUGGAGACACUUCCCACCGGGAAAGCCCGAUAACAAAGAAAAGGCCGAAGAAAAACAUUCACAGUGCGUACGGGGGAGGAGAGGAAGCUAUUGUGCUAGAGACAGUGGAGUGA